UAAACAAGUGUAAUGGUAGGGUUGGUAUCGUCUGGCAAGUUUUCAUUAUGAUUGACAGGUAAUCUAGGCCUGUCAGUCUGAGGCCUGGAAUAACAACAGAAAAUAAAAAAGGUUUAGACAAUAAUUCUUAAACAGAGAACAAUAUAAUUUUGUACAAUGUAUCCUUGCACAACAGUCAACAUAAGUUCCUCUGUUAGACAGGGAAUUACACUGAGAAGUUAGCACAAUGACGCUAGUGGAGAGCAAGAAUAUAUUAUCGGAAGGAACAGAUAGUUGCUUUUCAUACUGUCAUUGAGCUAAUUAUUUCUACUGUUACUUGCUUCAGAUAAAUUACCUAUUGCAUGUAACAGCAAAUAUUCUGGAUCAGUGAUCCUUUGAAGUGGUUCAUAUAGGGAAAUGAAUUAUUUGGUGGUGUAGCACAACAUCAUAAGGAUGGGGUCUGAAGAAUGUGUCUAGUGUGUCAAGUAUCGAUUCUAAAUCAGUUAUGGAGCAUGAACGAUUGGUGUUGGAUUUCGUCCUUGGAAACCAUUAUUAUCCUGCAAAUUGAAAAAUGUAUGUAUUAAUAUAUUAAUGCUAUAAUGCUUUUGAUUUACAUAUUCCUGCCUUUAGUUCAUAAGAAGAAAAACAUGUUACGUUGUAUCGUCAGUAAUAGGCUACUGUAGUAGUAACUGGUCAAAAACACGAAUACAAGUUUGCCAUGUUUUCCUUGUCGGAAUGUUGUAUCUCACACACCGCUCUCUGUCCGAGUCCAUGGGUGUAAUCAUUAGUCCAAACAAAAAGUGUUUCUAUUGGACAAAUUCAGAUAGGUCCCUCCCUGUUUCUUUCAGUUCGCUCCCGUUUAAGAAACGUUUUCAACAGAAUCGGCCCAGUUGAGGUUAACAUUUUACAAGGGUGUUUUUGUUCGGUGGGAGGGCAGAAGGAGAGUUCCCAUGUUUCGUUUUGUUGCCUUUCAUUUCCCCUCCAAUCAGAGGUGAGGGUGCGUUUUAAAAGCCGUUUCCCUUUCUCUAUUUCACUGCAAAAACAAUGAAACCCUUUGAAGGGAGAGAAAUUUGAAGACAGGCGGGACAAUCCUCAGUUCCUUCCCCUGUGUUCUUUUAUACUUCAGUGCCUGUGACACAUAGCUUGAUUUCACUAUUUUGUCAACUUCAAAGCAACAACGAUUUAUAUUGAAUCUCUUAGCCGCCCCCCAAAAAAUGUGAAGGGCAAAAACAUUUUGGGGGAGAAAUGACUUAUUCGUUCGUUGACUUAUGGAGGAUUUAAAUAGCAUAUUGUAAAAUUUGUUUAGAAACGCUGUGGGUUACCGACAGUCGUGAACCGUAGCCUAUUGCCAAGCAAGAGAAGUUAAUGCAAGCCAAUUGCCGUCUGCCGACUUGCUUGACCAUUGGGAAAUUACCCGACGUGGAUGAUCCGUUGUAUUCAAGGAAAGACGCCUCUACGAAUUGGAAAUCAAUUUUACCUACAGUUCUGAAAACUCAUCACGCAGCAGGGGUCGUUUAUUAUUUAUUGAAUUUUUUUGUAAAGCAAUGGUGGGCAGACUAAACUUGCUGAAUGUAUGUGACGACGAGCCAUUGGACAUGAGCUGCAAAGCCGAGCGGGGACUUGACAGCCCGGACUCCGGAUUACCACCCAGCCCCAGUCCGAGCCACUGGCUGCUGCCUGACUGUGGGGAUAAAGGUGCCAUAAACCCGGUGUCUGAAGACGAGAGGAGAGGGUCGUACUUGGUUCCAAUUUUAUCGAUUGGAUCUGUUCCUCAGCUGCACACGUUGUCCUACGGGGAGGGCAUAGAACUUGAUCCACUACCGCCAAAGGAAAUACGAUACACGUCGUCUGUCCACUAUGAUUCAGAGCGUCACUUUAUCCACGACGUGGCCAUGCAGCCCAGAGGCCUGGGUCUGGAGCACUGCAGCCAGACAGUCCUGGCUGUCCCUCACAGCACCUGGAGACACUACAAGACCCAGCUAGACCUCCAGCCUCGCCAGCGGGCCCAGCGCUUCCAGAGCACCACCAUCGUCUACCCCAAGCACGCUCGCACCAUCUACACCACAGAGCUGAGCUACGACAGCCGCCGGCUAUCCAGGAGAUUCUUGUCGAGCGUGGAGCUGGAAGCUGCUGACCGGAGUAGGCUACCCCAGUGAGGUUAGGGGAAGGCUGGGCACGGCCUGAGGGAGGGGUCCCUGGGGCCCAACCAUCCACCAGGCUGACACCAACCAUGGACCCAGGUUACACAGUCUAUUAGUUUAGAUUGGAAAGCAUCGUAGCCCACGGAGUUGUCAAAUUACUGUCUAUGACUGGGCUUUAAAAUGUCUCGUCAAAUCACGGUAUUAUGGGGUAUUUGUUGCACAACGUUACAUACCACAAGCAGAAUAUAUUAGCCUGGAUAGUGUAACACUGAGCCAUGUAUAGAGAUGUAUGAUCCUGGUGUAACACCAAACCCCAACUUAGUCUUGCCUAAACAAACAUUGUCAUCUACUGUAAGUAUGGUCAUGGAGCAGAAAGCCACAGCUUUUUUCAUAUUGUGUAAAAGAGUUGCAAAUUACAGCAAGUUCUGUGUUGAACGUUGGGACAUGUUUUCCACAGAUCAUUGCGAAUUGAGGAAAUUGGUAUUAGUUGGUAAUGAGUAGCGAGAGAUGAUCCAAUGUGUCAUUAUUGUUUUCAGUUAUAAAGUUUUAGCAUUUUCCUGAUAGUGAAGUCUUGUUUUUACUAACACCUCAUGGACUGUCCAUCAAUGGUUCAUUAUCGUCGCCUUUCCUCUUCUGGUUGCUUCUAGAGGUUUCAUUUUGUUAUGUAUUUAUUUGAUGCUCAUCAACUCCUUUUGGUAGCCUAUUAGUAAUACACAGGUAUCUUCCAAUAAUACACAUCUAGAGGACCUGAACUGUCUUGAGAUACCCAAAGUGCCUUAUUGAAGUAAAAUGAUAUUGCUUUUAAAGCUCUGUUUUUAUAGUGUCUGUUUGAAAUAAAGACAAACUGUCUUAUAUCA